AUGACCUUGGCAGUUUUCGGGGGGCGGUGGAGUCAAGCCGAUUACGUACGGGAACCUCGCCAAGGAAUGACCUCAACAAUGCGUAAUUCCAUGAACAGCGACAUAUAUAUUGAGAGCGACAAAAUGCGUGGAAGUUCACUGUUUACUACAGCUGUGCCCUACAGUCCUGAUAAGAGUACUGACUUCCUCACGUUACUGGAAAAGAUGCAAAGUCAACGACUUGACGAGCAACGAUGUGAAAUGCCCGACAUAAAUGUCAGUUCGGUAAAGUUCUAG